AUGGCACUCUUCUCUCCUCCUCUUUCUCGCAUCGUUGCACCUUCGGCAUCGCCCGUCUCCCUCGCGGUCGUUCUGGUGGGCAGGGCUGAGCAAUCGUGCGGCAGGACGUUAGUUGCUAGCGGUCAUCUCCACGUCAAAACGCCACUUGGAAGAGCCGCCUCGUCGCCUGGUCCCCGCGGCCGACCAUACACUGUUGAAAGACAGCAUGUGUACAAGCAACGUGAGGAUGAUCCUUACAACGGCCUGACUGCCAUCCCCAACCCCUCGGAGACGUCUCGGCCAUCGCACAUCCCAGCAGACAGGCAUGAGCACAUUUAGGGAGACACUCUGGAAGGCCGCAUCGUCUCCGCUU